UUUCCAUGGAAAUUAGAUCCAACCCAUCUGCAAAUUAUUUUGUUUCUUGAAGAAAAAAAAUUCUUAAUUAGUUCAUAGUCCCAUUUGAUCAAUUUGAAUGUUUUAGUUUCCAUUUUCACCUAACAGUUACAUACAUUAUGGGCAGCUUCCAUCUCUUGGCAAUCCUCCAUGAUCAUCACCAUCAUCAUAAUCCAUUUAAGCUUCUUCAACUUCUUCCUAUUCUAUGUAUAAUCUCAAGCAUCCCCUUCUCUGCAUCAGAGAUCCAAAACACUCAAAUUGUAGAAGACUCAAGAUCCAUGAUCUUAUUCGAGCGAUUCGGGUUUGUUCGAUUUGGUCAUGUCUCCAUUUCAAUCAAAGAUGUUUCAUGGAGAUCAAAGCAUCCAAAUGCAGAACUAGACCCAUCUUUAAUGGGAUUCUUUCUCUUAAGAGAAUCAGCCUAUGGAAAGAUCUUUAAUGAAUCUGAAUAUACAGACCAUUUCUGUAUUCUAUCAAGCCAUUAUGUGAAACUACUCUUCAAAUUUGAUCAACUCAAUCUCAAUUCUACCUACAAUGGUACAAUCAUUGUUGAUUAUCCAGAUGAAUAUGAUCUAGUUUUCGGAAAUUGUUUACCCGAAUUCGAAGUUUCCAUGGAUGUUCAUACAGAGAUGUACAAUAUGAAGAAUGGAAAAAAAGAUUUCCUUUCUUCAGGACUAACCCAAUUGCCCACUCUUUAUUUUAUCUUCUUUAUUAUAUACUCUGUUUUGUUCUUGAUUUGGGUUUAUAUCUGUGUCAAUCAAAGGCCUACUGUAGAUAAGAUUCAUCUAAUCAUAGGAGCUUUGUUCAUUGUGAAGGCUUUAAAGAUGAUCUGUGCUUCUGAGGACUUCUCAUUUGUUAAAAGAACAGGCACUCCUCAUGGUUGGGAUGUACUCUUCUAUAUCUUUAGCUUUCUUAAAGGUAUAAUGUUGUUCACUGUGAUUAUCCUAAUUGGUACUGGAUGGUCUUUCUUGAAACCUUACCUGCAAGAAAGAGAAAAGAAGGUUUUGAUGAUUGUGAUACCAUUACAAGUUCUUGAGAACAUAGCUUCAGUUGUAAUCGGCGAAUCGGGUCCGGCAUUAAAGGACUGGAUGACAUGGAACCAAUUGUUCUUGUUGAUGGAUAUUAUUUGUUGUUGUUUGGUAUUCUUUCCUAUCAUCUGGUCGAUUCGCAGCCUCCGGGAGGCGUCGAAGACCGACGGAAAGGCGGCGAGGAAUCUGGCUAAGCUCUCAUUGUUCAAGCAGUUCUACAUUGUUGUUGUUGGGUAUUUGUAUUUUACAAGGGUUGUGGUAUCUGCUAUAGGAGCUAUUAUUGAUUAUAAGUUCAAAUGGUUUAUAGUGGCAGUUGGAGAGGGUGCAAGCUUGGCUUUCUAUUUAUUUAUCUUCUUUAACUUUCAGCCCAAAGAGAAGAAUCCAUAUUUUGUGAUUGAUGAUGAGGAAGAAGCUUCUGCAGCAAAAGAAUUGGAAGAAGAUGACUCCUUUGAACUAUGAUCAAUUUCAACUUACAAAUUAAUUGAUUGAGGUAAUAACUUUCAUUUUCAAGAACUAAAUUUUGUACAGUACUUAUGAUCAAAUGCAAUCACCAAUUGAUCAGCUUCAAAGUCAGAAAUGAUAAAAGGAAUUGUUUGUAGAAAUAUAUAUCCAGAAUCAAGAUGUUGUAAUUUUCUUUUUCUUUUUUUGGCAUUUUUUUCCUUUUCAGUGUAAUCAACAAA